AUGUCUGACUACGGAGCUGACAGCGUCUCGCUGACCAUGACACGAACUUCGACACGAACCAGCAGCGAAUUCUCUGAAAGCUCGGAGGAGCUCCGAGGUCCACCGGGCUUGGAGGACUCCACCGGCGACACCAUCCGCGAGCUUCUGGACCGGGCAGUCCAUUCCCUCCGCGUCGCCACGAAUCAAGCCGCCCGCCGACGGGUCCGCCAGCGGCUUCAGAGGAGGCUCAGUGACUUCUUGACCAGGGACCAAUAUGAGAAUGCAAUGCAGCAGUUCAAGUUCCUGUGCGAGACGCGGCUGGGCUAUGUGUGGCGAGUGGCCCAGCACAGCGAUAAGCCUGAUCCGGUACAGCCUGGUCCCGGUGUGUGUUACUUGAACUUCAACGAGCUGAGCACUUGUGGACAUCCAGAGGAGGUGAUCUUGCUUUUCGUUGUGGCACAACAGCCAUACGAUUUCAGUCCACCGGGCUUGGAGGACUCCACCGGCGACACCAUCCGCGAGCUUCUGGACCGGGCAGUCCAUUCCCUCCGCGUCGCCACGAAUCAAGCCGCCCGCCGACGGGUCCGCCAGCGGCUUCAGAGGAGGCUCAGUGACUUCUUGACCAGGGACCAAUAUGAGAAUGCAAUGCAGCAGUUCAAGUUCCUGUGCGAGACGCGGCUGGGCUAUGUGUGGCGAGUGGCCCAGCACAGCGAUAAGCCUGAUCCGGUACAGCCUGGUCCCGGUGUGUGUUACUUGAACUUCAACGAGCUGAGUGGGGAAUGGGAGCACUCCUUCGUUUGA